GACAGUUUAGGUCAGGUUAGUGCACAAAACGAAGGAAGAAGUUACCAAGGUCCUUUGGCAAAUCCUCAAAAAUUAUUGUAAAGUCGCAGUAAAAAAUUUAUUUAACAUGGAAGAUAACGAGCCAUUGGCUCAGCAGGUUGAGAUCAACUUCCUCAGUUUUUCGGUCCCAAUUCCUGAUGAUUAUCUGCUAGAAACAACUCUUAGAGAAAGAAUGGUUGAUGUACCACUUCCGAAACUGCCAUUUAUAGACAAACCACUUGUUAGAAAAUCGGAAAAAGAUUCUAUUGAAUUUUACAAGAAAGGAGAGAAGAUGUUAGGAUUGGGUAAAAAAAACGAAGCCUUAAAAAAUUAUAGCGAAGCCUUAAGGAUGGUCCCGCGUACUUCAAAAAGAGUUUCAGAUUAUUACGCGGCACGAUCAAUGGCUUUUCAAAAAUUAAAAAUGUACCAUGAAUCAUUGAAUGACAUUCAGAGAGCUCUCAAACUACCAAUCACCGAGGAAAAGAAGACAAUACUUUUAAAACGAUUAUCCAUAAUAGAAUUUUUACUUUCGAGUGGUACUUUAGAAAAUCAAAAAAUCAAGAAAACACCGCAUGAGGAAGUAAAUCUCUCUUAUGGUGAAAACAAAGAAGUAAUAGGAGUUAGUAAUGCGAUUUCUUUAGAAUACAACAAUUUUUAUGGUCGGCAUUUUAUUGCGACACGUGAUAUAAAAAUUGGGGAUGUUUUGAUGGUUCAAAGCCCAUAUAUGUAUAUAUCCAAUCGCGAGCAUGGUAAGGAUAUAGAUGGCAAAACCUGGUUUUGUGAUAACUGCCUUAAUUCUACUAUGGCACCGGUGCCUUGUGAUAAUUGUACGUAUUAUUUGUAUUGUUCCUUUGAAUGCCGAUCAGAGGCUUUUGAAAAAUACCAUAAAACUGAGUGUAAAGUAUUGAAUGAAGAAGUUCUUUUUGGACCGCAAUCUUCAAUGUUUUUGCGAUUAUUAAUAGUUGCGACAAAUCACGGUGAAAAUUUUCAGGAAGUUUAUAAUCUCAUGAAGAAAAUACAAACUAGUAAAGAUAGAAGAACAGCUGGUUUCAAGGAUGGAAAAUUGGAUGGUGGAAAUGUUAAUGCUAUUUUGAAUUUGUUAUCCCACAAUGAUAAGAUUCCUCGUUCAGGUUUGGUAAUGAAUGCAGCAAAAAUGACUGCUGCAUUAAAAAAACACACUGAUUUCAUAAAAGGAAACCAUAAUAUUAACGACGUGGGGAGACUUCUUAUGUUUUUUAGUUACACUUGCUUUAUGAACUUGUACUCCAUUAGAAGAAAUAAUUUUAUGGACGCAAUUGCUUUAGGAAUGUACCCUGUUUUCAACCUGCUCAACCACUCAUGUCAGUCCAAUGUAAUAUCAUAUGAUAACAAGAAGAGACAAAAAAUUUUGAGGGCAUGUAGAGAAAUUAAGAAAGGCGAACAGAUUUUCGUGGCUUACUGUGGAUUUGCAUUAGUUAAAAUGACAACUGAAGAGAGAAGAAAAUGCUUAAUGGAAACAAAGUAUUUUAAGUGUCAAUGUGAAGCCUGUGAAAAAAAUUACACUUACAAACCCGAAUUAAAAGGAAAGUUUAAAGUGCCUCUAGAUUUAAAGAAAAAAUUGCUGAAAAAUCCAAACGAUGCGGAAAGUUUGUGGGAAUUAUUGAGGCUGAUUUUUAAUAAAUAUAAGGGUCCCAAUUUAGAAGCAAAAGCCGUUGAAAAUGCACUUGUUAAUGCCCUUAUGGGUGAUUUAAAUUAUGACGUUAUUGAUACUUUCAAACAGUUGCGACUUCUGUGAAAAAAAGAAGAAGGAUACUUAUGUAAAUAUUGCUGUUCCAAAAUUUGUUUUUCUUCACAAUUCAUCAGGAAAUAUUUUUUUAUAACUAAAAUUACUUGAUGUAAUUUAUAUAUUUUUCUACGAAUAAAAAUAGGAUGAUAUAUGAC